AUGGACGACAUCCUUGUCCACACUAGCACCUUAGAAGCGCACUGUCAACUGUUGACGCAAGUUCUCCAGUUACUUGAUAAAUAUGAGUUGAAGGCAAAGCUCUCCAAGUGCAGUUUUGCUCAACGCCGCAUCAGUUACCUCGGGCAUGUGAUCAGCGAACAAGGAGUCUCUACCGAUGACAGUAUGAUUCGGACAAUUCAGCAAUGGCCAGUGCCGCAGAACACCAAGGAGCUGCGUGGGUUCUUAGGACUCGCGGGAUACUAUCGCAAGUUCGUACGAUUCUUCGGGGUCAUCAGCAAGCCACUAACAGAACUUCUCAAGAAGAAUACCAUCUUUGCAUGGACGCCAACGGCUAAUGCGGCAUUCCGCGCUCUCAAGCAAGCUCUGAUAGCAGCUCCUGUUCUCGCUCUGCCAGACUUCCAAAAGCAGUUCGUCGUCGAGACAGGCGCGAGCAUAACGGGAAUUGGGGCCGUACUGAUGCAAGAAAACCACCCAGAAACAUGGGAUUGUCUGCAUACGAGAAAGAGUGCCUAG